AUGGACACGUUAUUGCAUGCAAGAAUAUUGCUGACAGCAGAAGUCGAAUCGCUGAAGACGGGUCCUUUGGACCCGAGAUACGUGAGAGAAGCUGAACACAUCAUCAGCGGUGAAUCAUACCAGCUAGUGCAGCAAUUUGUGGACCGAUUCAAGGGCAAGAUCAAAAUUUCAGGAGAAAUAUCUGCAUGCAGCGUCAUCGCUGCUUUAAAUGAGUUUCUUGAAAUUGAAGUUUAUGAAGUAGGCCAAGAGAAUGAAAUGCUUUUUCUGGCUAUCGCUCUUUUACAGACCUUUAUUCAGAAUAACUACACAGGUCCGGCAGCACGGUUGAACGCAGUAUCAAGUUUGUUCAGCAAAACUGGAAACGAAAUAGGAGCAAUCAGUAAAGCUCUUGUCCGCUCAUUAGCUGUGAUGGGCCAGCCUGCUUACGAGUUAAUGGAUGAUCCAUUGUAUUUAGUUUUAUCGCUAUUGUUACUUGAGAGGAUUACUGGUCAAGGUAGCUUAUUCUCUGUUUCCCAGGAUCAAGAAGUGCCGUUACCUGUUAUUUCUCCUGAUUCUACUCCAGGCCUAUUGGCCGUAAGUUACUGGUGGUGGGCAAGAGCUCUUUUGACACACUUGUCACUGAUUCCUGAACCUUCUGGCUUCCAAGCUAGUGUUGCAGCCGCAAUAUAUCAAUCUACUGACCUUGCACAUGCGGUCAUUAAGGACUUACCAGAAAGCGUUCAUGAAGAUUUUAAAAGACAACUCUAUGCUAUGUACUACUUGGAGAACGUCAAAUGUUCAUUGGCUAUCAACACAGAACAUCUGUGUCUGCCCUCCUUGACCAAAGUGAAAAAUAUAACAAAUUUUGAAUUUGUAAUGACAGGCGCACGUGCUACUAGAACCAAAUAUCAGCAAAAAGCUCAUGCGGGGCUGAUCAUUAUUGCAAAGUCACUUACAUUUCAAAAGUUUGCUAUAAACACAAAUUCUGUCGCACCAGAAACAUUUGCUCUGGAAUCUGAUCUAUUAUUAGAGAAGCCUCAUUUCGAAUCUCUCACUGACGAACCUUUAGAUGAACAAAUUUAUAGCAAAAGACCCAAACUAGAUCUUGGAUCAGGUUACGAAGAAGAUAAACUAUUGCCAUUAGCCCUGCGUCAAGAAAAUAUCCCUAGGUCCUUGCUCGAUUUAGAUCCUAAUAAUCAACCUAAUUUAUCUGACUACGACAAUAUUCAACUACUACUGCGUCUCUACACCAUAAAAAACACUACCCCUGCCAAGGAUCCACUUGUGGAGGAAGAGCUAACUGCUUUGCUUUCUAGGAUAUUAUAUCAAAAUGGUGAAAAAAAUUGGUCUAUUUUUGCCCGCUCAUUAUGGGAGAGGUCAAUUAUUGAAACAACGAAGGCUAAGACUAUUGAAAGAGGACUUUUACAAAUGCAGUCACUUGUAGAGGAACUGGAUUUGAAGAUUAAAAGUAAAUUGAUUCCAAACUCAGAUGAAAUUAAUGUUCCUAGCAGACUGUCAUAUAUCCAUCAGCUUCCAUUUCUUCCUAGAUGGGAACUGGAUGCAACCUUGGCGGAAAAAUAUAUGUCGCUGGGCAUUUUGAAAUCUGCUGUAGAGAUUUAUGAAAGACUAGGCAUGGUGUGUGAGACUGCAUUAUGUUAUGCCACUGUUGGAGAUGAAAAGAAAGCAGAGGAAAUUCUUUUACAGAGAAUAAAGGAAAACGACUCAGACGCCAGAGCCUUCUCCAUUUUGGGUGAUAUAAAACAGGACCCAUCUCUCUGGGAAAAAAGUUGGGAAAUUGGGAAAUAUGUUAACGCCAAAAAUUCCCUUGCCAAGUAUUAUUUUAAUCCUCCACCUUCGUCCGGGAUUCAACCAAAUUUUUCUGCUACCUUGAAACAUUUAAAUGAUUCGUUGAGGCAAUACCCAUUGAGUUUUGAAACGUGGUAUUUUUAUGGUUGUGUUGGUUUGCAAUGUGGGAAAAUGCAAAUAGCUGCUGAGGCAUUUUCUAGGUGUGUCUCUCUAGACCCUUACCAUGCUCUUUCAUGGUCCAAUUUAAGCGCUGCAUAUAUGAAAAUGGAUAAAUUAAAAGAAGCCUAUAGCUGUUUAAAAAGAGCAAUUGCAUCUGAUGCUCAAAAGAACUGGAAGAUUUGGGAGAACUUUAUGCUUGUUGCUGUUAAGCUAAAUGAAUGGGAGGAUGUUUUAAUGGCAUGUAAACAACUGGUCAAUAUCAGAAGAGAUAAAUGCGGAGAAGGUUCCAUUGAUCUACCGAUUAUCGAGAAAUUAGUGGAACUGCUAGUGACUAGCGAGUAUCCGGAAGAACCAGAAAAAUUAUCUUAUUUUCAAAAGAGCUGUACAGAAUUUAUUUGUAACACUUUACCUCAAGUAAUUACCACAAGCGCAAGAUGCUGGCGAUUGGUUGCAAGAGUAGAACUCUGGAGAAAAAGACCAUGGGCAGCACUAGAAUGUCAUGAAAAGGCUUAUAGGGCUAUUUCUCACAAUCCUGAUCUGGAAAUUAAUGAAAAGGUUUGGAAUGAUACAGUAGAUGCUUGUGAAGAUUUGGUGGCUGCAUACGAAUCUCUUGGUGAAAUGGAAGGUAAAUAUGGGCCUGACAGCUUGGUUUGCAAAGACUGGAAAUACAAAUGUAGAUCUACUAUCAAAGCACUGAUGAGUAAAGGCAGAGGUAGAUGGGAUGACUCUCCUGGUUGGGACAGGCUAGUGGAAGCAAGAAGCCAAAUAUGA